CAGAGAAGAUGAAGAACUCUCUGCUGGCAGCUAUCUUUUUACUAGUUAGAGAGCCCUGCGGCUGCACAGACUGGAACUCUCCGUUCUGCCGGCAGCUGCCAGAUUGGGACAAUGAAUUGGUGUGUUACAAAGAAUUAAGUGAGGAUCUAACCUGUACCUGGCUGCCAGUACCUAAUGCUGCAAAUACAGUUAAUUAUACUGUAUACUUAAAAUGGAACAAAAUACAAAAACUUUUUAAACGAAACACAUCAUCACCUUCCAUCACAAUAGAACGAAAGAAUCUCUACAUUGAGAGAUUUGCAUCCGUUUGGAUAGCAGUGAAUUAUGCCCAUGACACCUGUGCAAAAGGAAAGAACAUCUCAGUUUUACCAAGCAAAGCAGGAAAGUGCUUGUCACCAUCUAACAUAAAUGCUUAUCAGAUCACAAACCAAUUGAUAAUAAAGUGGGACCUGCCCAUAGCUAAUACCCCCUACGAGCUGAGAUACAGAGAGGCACUCACAGAAUCUGCUCCAUGGACAUUGGUGUCUGUAGUAAACAAUGCUGUCAAUGUCACCAUUUCAAAUUUAAAUGCUACAUCUUCAUACGUUGUUCAGCUCAGAUGCAUAACUAAGGAUGGCCUCAACUGUGUUUGCAUUUGGAGCAAAGAGAUUUUGGUCCCUCACAAACUCAUGAACAAGCCAAGGAUAUCAUAUAAUGUAACUACACAAGUCUCUCCAGGAAGAAGAAGUGUUCUUCUGAAGUGGGAGGUAGCACAAAGUGAGAACAUCCUUGGAUAUUUUGUUAAUGUGGAAAGAAUACCCAACAGCUGCAGCCACCCACCAAAUCAUAUCUCUCUCAAAGACAGAAAAAUUCUUGUUAAUCUCUCCAUGGCUUACUACAGAGUCAAUAUUUCUGCCUAUAAUGAAGCAGGAGAAUCUCCACGAGCCAUCUACGUUGUCCCAGAAUUCUCUGCAACAGACUUGCCUGGUCAAAUCCAUGUCAAAAGCCAGGGAACUAAUGCUGUUGUCACAUGGACUCCAGAAUACAAUCCGAAAUGUUUUGUGGUUGACUGGGGCACUGGUAAAGAGGAUAUGCACAUGAAAAUAAUAACUACGACUACCGGAAAUUUCACAUUAGACAAUUUUCAGCCAUAUAAGUUGUACAAAAUAAUGGUACAUGCAUCUGAUGUGUGUCAGUGUGAAAGUUUCACAAGACAUGAAAAAACAUUUGGACUGACCCACUUUUACUCCGUUGAAGGAGUUCCUAGGACUGGUCCUGUUAAUGUGACGGUUCUGAACAUCACAAAGAAUUCUGCACUUGUGAAGUGGACUGAAAUAGCUGCAGAAGACCGUUUGGGCUUUCUCCAGGGAUACAGGAUCAGAUACACAGAUUCAUCAACAAAAAAGUCUCCAGCUGUUACUCUCAACUCUUCUAUCACAAGUUACCAUCUUACUGGACUGAAGGAAAAGACUACCUAUCGUGUGCAGAUUUCAGGAUUCACUAAUGCUGGGGAAGGACCUCUGACUCUUUCACAACCUUUCAGCACUCCAAAAUACGAUAAAGGAGAACUUGAAGGUUUUGUGAUUGGUCUUUGUUUCAGCAUGAUAUUGAUUCUGGUUUUUGCACCUCUCACUUGUUCUUUGGUGAUUAAAAGGCUGAAAAUAUCCUACUGGCCCAGUGUACCAAGCCCAAGAAACAGCAGUGCACUCCAAGAUAUGACUAAUUGGAAACCUAUUUCAAGGUCACUGCUUCUGACCCUGUCAGACAACGAUACCACCAGCGUUUUUGUCAUAGAGCAUGAGUCAAAGGCUCCUCUGACGCUAGACCUCUUCACAGAUGGUGGAGAAGACAGCAAGCAUGACACUUGUCAGUCAGAAAAGCCCAGCAAUAACAUAGACAUGAGCCCAAGGCAUGAAGAAAUCCCUGCAGAAGCAGUUACAAGUGAAGAAGAUAUAAUUUCCACUGAAGUACAACUCUUGAGUGACUAUGCCAGCGUGGAGUUUAGUCAGAAAGCCCUGAUGAGUCUGGCAGUGAGUGUACCUGAAAGAACUGCUCAUCCUCGUCUGGAAAUUGAACUAAGUAGUAAGCCAGCACAAACUGUGCAUAAGGUUUUGUUUGCUUCCCAGGACUACCUCAAGCAAAGCCAGGUGGUACUUUUGCCAUCUGGAACAAAUUUCAUGGGGCAAGCCAGUUAAACCUGAAGCAUUUUCAUUAUUUUCCUUACCAUAAAAUCAAGUUCCAAAUUUUUUUAUACUUCAGUAGAGCCUCUAGGACCAUACGGAGCAGUGAGCUGUUGACAAUAGUUAUCUCCACUACAGUAAGUUUCCUUGGUGAAACAGAUUGAUUAUAUGAUUAGAUUAGCUAUUUCACCACCGUCAUUCAGUGGAAAGUCCCACCAUCUUCACACAGACAAAACUUUCAGGGACUUAUAUGAAAAAUCCUUCAGUAAAGUACCUCUUGCUUGGUAUUUUGUUCCAGGACACUCAGGAGCUAUUCAAGGCUUCCACUCUAAUCACAAUGUCACUGUAGGUACCAGAAAAAUUCUCUACUCACUAUGACCAGCUUCAGAUCUGAUUUUCAGAUCUCAUAAGUUCUUCAGGGAAAAAAAAAAAAAAAAAAAAAGCCAGCAAAAGUAUCUACCACUCCAAAGAAGUUUUCCAGCUUCUUUGGACCAACUUUGGUCAAACCUGGCCAAAGAAAUUAGUGCAAAUAUUCCAAAUUACGAAUCCAAAGUUUGUUUAUUGGUCUAUGUAAAACACUAUUAAUACUUUACAUUCUGGAACUUAACAGCUUUAGUCAUUGUAGAUAAAUAGCACUUUGUAAAUGAGGAUGAUAAGUUUCAUUAACAGUAUUGGAGUUGUUACUUGUAUUAAAUUAAGACUAUUUACUUCUACAAUUAACACAUUCAGAGAAACUCAUCCAUGGUUUGUGAUGAGGUGUAGCUGCAUUUAUGUUUUUACACUGAAGUGACAAAAACUGUAAAACAGACUUCAGGAGCUGAACAGAUACUUCAAGUAGCCAUACCUCCACAGAUUGCAUGGAGGAGGAACCACUGGAAUACAGGGGAUAAAAGGGUCUUCCUCAAUACACUUUCUAUGUGACUCCAUCAUGUAUCUCCACAAUGCAAGGAGUCUGAACCAUUUUCUGUCUUACAGAGUUUCUCAGUCGUGAACUCUGCAGGCAUCUACAGUCUGCACUUAUUCUAGAAGACCUAGUGUAGAAGACCCGGUUGUUGUCUCAAGUUUAAGGAGCAUUUUUUUUAAAUUGCUUUGUGGAGAAAGAAACUGAUCAACUGUAUCAUAAGCACCAGAGAAACCAAAGUCUGGCAGUGAGCAUGCCAGAGCAUCCAUUUAAGAAAAUUCUCUCAUUAAAAGUAGAGGAUGAUUGACAUCCACACAAAUAUUUCCAUGCAUACUAGGCAGUAUGAAUUAUAAAUAGCUAUGCUUGCAAAAACUCAGAGAAAUUCCAUAUCCCCACUUCAUUGAU